AUGAAUGACGGGUCGGUGGUGAUGCAAACGAGAGAGAAAAACGAGGCCGGUGGUGAAGGCAGCGGCCCUGUCCACAGCUCCGGCACCAAGGCGUCAUCAGAUGCGAGCGACGCUAGGCACGGACAAGACGACAGAAAAGGUCUCGCCCAUUUCCCGGACCCAUGUCUAGCAUGCAAUCUGCCUGCACUGGCCUGCAUGGGCCGCGCCAUCCAGCCUAUCAAGCGGCUUGGUGGGCGCCAAACAAGACAAACACAUUGCCAAGCUUUUUUGGGCUCCCUCUUGAAGGCUUGGGAGUUGGGGCUCAUGGGCCGUGGUGAUGGAUGGAUCAUGGCACUGGGCCCAUUACCGGCCUCGUUCCAGCGCCUCAGCCUCCAAAAUCCACUGCUCGACAGAAACUGUCCACAAGACUUGCUCCAUUUCCUCAACGGCGUCACACGCGGCCACCACCCAUCCAUCUUUCCGGCUCUGCAACCUUGCUCACGCUGGGCCAAGUCGCUUGAGCCAUCGCCCGCGCGGCUCGCUCCUGGCACUCAUCUAUCUUCGGCCCCCCAGCCGUGGGCUGUCUCGCGACCCGUCACCCCUUCUCCCACGCCGACAAUGAACGCUCCCCCGCGCCAUCUGCCGCCGCCAAUUGCCAUUGCGCAACAGGCAGGUCGUCUGGCACCGCUCUCCUUUCUCGGCUCCCCAGACCAUCGCACACGUGUACAACAUCCUCCACCGCCGCCGCCAGCGCCUAUUCUGCGCAGUCCCGGCCACGACAGGCUCGUCGUCGGCAACCACGCCCAUUCGACAGCCUCACCACCCACUCGCCACAAUGCCUCGCUCCACCAUCACUCUGCUUCCUAUCAUGGCCACGCGCCGCCUCCAAUGCAGUCGCCCCACGACAUGCGCGAUUACUCUGACGAGAGGAGAGACUACCAUGAUGACAGGAGGGAGUUCCAUGACGAGACAGAAAGCUUCACAGGCGACGGCCCUGCUAAAAAGAAGCAGAAGCGCAACAAACCCACGCUGUCCUGCCACGAAUGUGUGGAACGAAAGACCAAGACGACUCGAUCUGCUUCUACUGGCCGGCGUAUGACCAAGGCACCUAAAAAGAAGCCAGGCAACGAGGGAAGAGGCAAUAUCCCCAACAUUGCCGACCGAUAUGCUGCCAAUGGCGAUGGCCCCUCGCGCGGCGCCUUGGCCCUUUCCACCGGACUCAUGUCAAAUGUCCCGUAUUCCAAGUCGUCCUCUAGCAAUGUCUUUGGCAUUGGCUCCGAACACCCAUUCGCCAAUUACUGGACUUGUGAAGGCGGCCUGAUGGAGGUUAUUUCGGUUCUUCCCGAAAAGCAACAGGCUGACAUUCUCAUCAACCGGUAUUUCGAGUGUGUUGACCCCGUCUACCCAAUGAUUCAUCGCCUUACCUUCUAUGCCGACUACGAGGAGUUCUGGCGCAUGAGUGGCAAACAAAAGCAAGAGAUGGAUGCCGCCUAUAUUGCCCAGAUCUUUGUUAUGAUUGCUCUUGGAACCCAAUUUGUUACUUCAACCACUCCCAAAGAGCGUAAACAACAGGCCGAGUUUUUCGCUUCCGCUAGCAAUCAGGCGCUGCGCAUGUCGUCGUAUCUCAGCAUUGCGUCGCUGCGAUCCAUCCAGGCCAUGGUUCUAAUGACGUACUUUCUCAUCAAUGACAAUCACGCCUCGGACGGCUGGGCCUUUGCCGGCAUUCUCAUCCGCCAAGCCUACGCCAUGGGCCUGCACCGUGACCCAAACAUUGUUACGCCUGAUGCAAGUCCCUUUGAAAAGCAGCAACGGCGAAAAGUGUGGCAGGCCGUACUGCUCCAAGAUACCUUCUUGACAGUGCUGCUCUCGCUGCCUCCUUCAGCCACACAUACCGAUGUUUCCGUGGAUGACCUUAACGACCACGGCAGCUCGAUUGCGAGCAGUGAUCCGACCGAUACCGCGUACAUUCGGGGCUCGUGGACAUUGGCCAACCUGGUGCAGGAAACAAUAUGCUCGCCGCGCUCCCUCGAUCUCCCGAUUUGCAGCACUGGCCGCCACAAGUCCAAGCUGGUGGCCGACUUUCGAGCGGUCUAUCGUUCCUUUCCGGAUGUUUUCCGGUCUUGGGACGCUGACAGCCUAACUGGUAUGGCGCAGACGAAUAAGCGCGUGGUGCGCCAGACGCUUUUCCUCACGAGCAACUACUUCCACAACCUCAUGCUCGUACAUGCAUCGGAGAGCCCCGAUGUGCCUGUCAAUAUUCGCGGGACGCUCGAGGCGGCGCACGACGCCAUUGGUGCAUUCUUCAUGCUGUUUUCGCUCCUCGAAGCCGAGGCUCGCGUGUGGUGGGUGUUUAACCACCGGGCGUUUCUCGAAGCCGUGUGCAUUGGCAACGUGUUGCGCGAGGCGCUUCGCGAACCUGGUGGCAAGGAGACACUUGCGAGAGAUCCGCUCUUUGUACGGGCCAAAGCCGACAUCACUCGCAUGAUUGAGAUUCUGCAGCUCAUGAUUGAUGACUCUGAAGUGGCCCACACUCGGAUCGAGGUUCUCAGCAGCUAUCUGACGCUUGAGUGA